AUGAUGAUGAACACAUUGGAUCACCGACCUAUAUGUCGGAUGGAGACAGUGGAGGGCAAGGAAGACGAUGAGCCGACGUCAUCGAAUGGAGUAUCUGACGUGAAGGGGAAAGGUUACUAUUAUUCUAGCGGUACAGUCCCCGAGGAUACAGUGCCUCCAGAAGAAAAGAUUCGUCAGAAGACGUUCGAUCCAUCUUGUCCACCCAUUAAAGCUCCUGUGCUCCCAAACAGAGAGUUUGAACCAAAUUUCUCAACUGUGACAGAAAACAAAGGCUGGGACAUAUUUCGACUGUUGCCUCCGAAACCCGAUCAAAUUGGACAUGGAUUCUGGCACGAUGCAAGUCUCCAAGUGCUCAAACUCGCGACUUUUGUUGUCCUAUUUUUGCUAACGUUGAGUUCGGCUGUCAUCGCCAAAUCAACAUUUAUUCUGAUGACCUCAGCUAUAGGAUGGGGUGGCCAGACGAUAACAAUUUGCAACCAAGUGAUAUCAGAAGCCACUAAAAAUACUGUGAAACUAAAAAACGCCCAUGUUGUGAAAUGGGUCUGGGCUACGCUACUGGCACUUUCUGCUCCCGAAGCAUUAUGUUUUGUGAGGUACCUUAUUUCCAGAUCCAUGCACAGAACUAUGUUUCGUAAUGUGAAACGCCCAACAUUCAUUCAGUUCGUGUUUGUUCUGAUUGUCGAGACGCUUCAUAGUAUUGGAGUCGGAAUUCUCGUAUUCCGGAUAUUUCCAGAUUUGGAUGCCGUCACAGCUGUUCAGUUGACCAAUGCAAUGUGUUUUGUUCCUGCUAUUCUUUCUCUUAUUAGUAGGAAGCCCAGUAAACUAUCCUUGGUUCUUGUCAUAAUUGAUAUCGCUGCAAUUGCUGCUCAAUCUAGUGGAUUCUGGGCGUACCCGAUGUUUAUGCCGAAUCUCCAAAAACAUUCGAUUGCUAUUCCCGUUUCUCUCACCUUGAUUUCCCUAGCUUGGUGGCAAAACUUUGUUCACAGAGAUUCAGUUUUUCCACCAGUCAGAACACUAGCCAAGUUUGCACAACGACUUUCAGAACGUCGUUCUAAGACCUAUGCAUUUGUGUCUCUUUGGAAAAUCUGUGUCUAUGUCGUCUGCUGUUUCCUGUUUGUUUCCAGCCGGAUGAAAAUAGAGGACAUGCUCCAGAAAGAUCCAUUCGGAGAGAAACUUCUAUCGGUGGCUGGACACGAUAUGAAUCAAACUCAAAUUGAGAAAUUCCAAACAAGAAUCAACCAAAUGAUUGAACAAGCGAAUCGAGAAGCAGGAUACUACUCCCCACCAAGCAAACCAAAACCACCGAAAAAGCAACCAAAGGCUGAUGAGGCUGAGCAAGUUAAUGCUGGCGAAUACAAUAUGAAGAGAUUCAAGAGAUUCGCUGAAGAUGCUGGAGACAAUCAGGAAGAGGAAGAAGCGCCUGCGGAAGAAGAAGAGUUUUCAAGUUAUAACGUAAACAUCAAGUUAUUAUUCUCUCUCUACAUAAUCCUUUUGUUUCAGAUCUAUUCAAACUAUGUGGAACGAAAUCAACUGACAAUGGCUUAUGACGCAUUAUGGCUUGUGAUAUUUCAAUUUGGUGCUGUAUUUGUAUGCUACCAUAGUUCAAAGUUCGCCUGCAAAGUGAUGAUGCAACGAAUGGGAUUUGCUCUCCCGAUGGCUCUCAGUGUGCCGGUUACUGUAUUAUUAAUGUCCACCAACUGCAAACUGAGACAAAACGAUCCCUGUCAUUUGACUAAUGUGCUCACUGUCGAGCUGUUUUGGCAGUGUAAUGGAGCUUCAAAGACAUUUGCUGACUUCAUUCUAACCCCACAAACAUGGAUCUGGCUGUGCUGGUUGGCCUCUCAAUUCUGGAUUACUAUUCAUUUGUGGAAUCCUAAACAUGAACGAUUGGCAAAAAGCGAAAAACUUUUCAUUCUUCCUUAUUACAUUGGUGCUUUUGUUGAUCAGUCUCUUGCAUUCAAUCGUCGCCGAGACGACAAAGCGAAAAUUAAAGCUGAAGACUUGGAAUUCGACGCUGAGGACUCUUCUUUAACGUAUGAAACUAUUCCAGGACUCCAGAGCAAAACUCCUCCAAGUGUUUGCUCUGCAAGUAGCUCGAAAAUGGAGAAUGGGCUGAUUCGAGACAGUGCAAGCUCGGCUGACGCUAUCACGAAAAUAUACGCAUGUGCUACAAUGUGGCAUGAGACUGGUGUUGAGAUGACUUGUAUGCUCAAAUCACUAUUCAGGAUGGAUGAAGACCAAUGUGCUCGCCGAAACGCCCAGAAAUAUCUCAAGGUCAUCGAUCCUGAUUACUACGAGUUCGAAGCUCACAUAUUCUUUGACGACGCAUUCACCCAAAACGAAUAUGGCGAACCAGAAAUCAACAAAUUCGUUAAGAAAAUCGUUGAUGUCAUCGAUCAAGCUGCUUCAGCUGUUCAUCAAACUCAAAUGCGUCUAAAGCCUCCAAAGAAAACAAAGACUCCAUAUGGUGGAAAGUUGACUUAUAUUAUGCCUGGAAAGAAUAAGCUGUUCAUUCAUUUGAAGGACAAUAAGAAAAUCAGAAACAAAAAGAGAUGGAGUCAAGUGAUGUAUCUUUACUACCUGCUCGGAUAUAGACUAAUGAUGAAAGUGGAUGAUCCAUCAAGAAAGGAAAUAAUAUCUGAAAAUACCUUCAUAUUGACACUAGACGGUGACGUUGAUUUUACACCACAAUCUGUAUACCUUCUGGUUGAUCUGAUGAAAAAGAACAGGAGACUUGGGGCAGCGUGUGGAAGAAUUCAUCCUCGUGGAGAUGGAGCCAUGGUUUGGUAUCAAAAGUUUGAAUAUGCAAUUGGACAUUGGCUGCAAAAGGCAACAGAGCAUAUGAUCGGAUGUGUUAUGUGUUCUCCCGGAUGUUUCUCUCUGUUUAGAGCCUAUGCAUUGAUGGACGAUAAUGUGGCUAGAAGGUUAGAUAAUUUAGAAAUAGAAACAGAAUAUUCUUGUUUCAGAUAUGCAUUGACCUCCGAAGAACCGAAACAUUUCAUCCAAUAUGAUCAAGGAGAGGAUCGUUGGUUGUGUACUCUUCUCCUUCAGCGUGGCUACCGUGUGGAAUACUGCGCUGCCUCCGAUGCCCAAACAUUUGCUCCAGAAGGAUUCAACGAGUUUUUCAACCAGCGUCGUCGAUGGAUCCCGUCCACUAUUUUUAAUAUCAUGGAUCUCUUAAAAGACUACAGAAAUGUUGUCAGAGUCAACGAAUCAAUAUCAAUCUGGUACAUCAUCUAUCAAUUGGUAAUGUUGAUUUCAUCUAUUUUGGGUCCUGGAACAAUUUUCGUCAUGAUCAUCGGAGCUAUCAGUAUUUCAUUCACCAUCGACACAAUGAUUUCGUUGGUUAUUGUUUCUAUUCCUGUUAUCAUAUUCAUUGUGGUAUGCUUGGUCUGUAAACCUGAGCAUCAGCUAAUCUGUGCACAAACGAUUGGAGCGAUUUUUGCAAUGCUUAUGACAGCUGUCAUAGUAGGAACAUCACUCCAACUCCAGAAAGACGGUCUUCUCAGUCCUCACUCUAUGUUCACAGUAGCUGUUGCAACGUCAUUUGUAACUGCUGCAAUACUCCAUCCACUUGAAUUCACUUGCAUCAUUCCUGGAACUAUUUACUUCCUGGCUAUUCCGUGCAUGUACAUGUUGCUUCCAAUUUAUAGUGUUUGUAACAUGCAUACCGUCUCAUGGGGUACCAGAGAAGAUCCGAUAACGAGCGAUAAGAAUGGAAAUGGAAAGAGAAACGCUGGAAACUUGGAAUCUGGAAGUUCAAUUCAGAAAAGUGGAAACUGGUGUACAAGAAUUUUGUGUUGUGGUAAAGGGUCCGUGGAUCCGAUGUCUGUGUUAAUCAACGACAAACUGAAUGAAGUUAUCAAGAAGGUUGAGCGUUUGGAUCGCAAGCACCACCCAUCACUGAACCGUCGAGCAUCUAUUUUGUCCAGUACAGGCGGCACCAUUCAAAUAGACAAAUGUUCCGAAGCUGACGAGGAUGAACAAGCAGAGAUUGAGGAUGCUCUUGAAAUGUCAAAUCAAAGUCAUGCUGCUAAGAAAAAUCAAAAGUGGAAACAGGCCCAAAGUGAAGUUUGGUUAGCUGAUAAGGCACUAAAAAGAGCAGAACGAGAAUAUCUGGAACCAGAGGAGGAAUCAUUUUGGAAUGACGUGAUUGAGAGAUAUUUGGCUCCAAUCGAUAUGGAGAAGAAUAACAAGGAACGAUUGGAAGCGGGAUUAUUGGCCAUCCGUAACUCUCACACAGUUUACUUCCUCAUGAUCAACAUCGUUUUUAUCAUUUCUGUUUUGGUUCUUCAAAUUCAUAAAGACUGUUUGAAUAUCGAAUGGCCAUUGGGACCCAAAUACAAUCACACCGUCCGUCCGUGCUAUGCCAGUCAUGAUGACAAUCAGAAAGAAGAGAUUUGGGUCAUGACCAGAUUACAGUUGGAACCAAUUGGAUUGGUUUUCUUGCUUUUCUUCGUUAGUAUCUUAGUUAUUCAGUUUUUGGCUAUGCUAUGCCAUCGUUUCGGAACCCUUGCCCACAUUAUUGCAUCAACCGAACUUUUCUGUUUCCGGAAAACAAUGGAUAGGCUUAGCGAGGAUGAAUUAGUGGCUCAAAAUGCGGUGGAAAUAGCUCGAGAGUUGCAAGCAAUACGUGGAAUCGAUGAGAAUGCGCACAACAUUGAUAUUACUUAUUAUGAAUUGCAGCCGUCGGAAGAUCGUGGAAUAUCCAGACGACGUGUGGUCCAGAACCUUGAAUCUUCGAGACGUUCAAUGAUGAAACGGAAAACUGAGACGCUUGAUGCUGCAUUCAAGAAGAGGUUUAUACAUUUUAAAAACUGUUUUAAAUACCUAAAAAAAAUAAUUUUCAGAUUCUUUGCACUUUCGAGUGAACAAGCACCAGAUCCAGCUGGGUUUUCAGCUAGAGACAAUUCAAAAAGAUUAACGUUACGAAAAGGGACGAUCCGAGCAUUGGAGCAUCGGAGAGAUUCACUGUUUGGAACUCUAGAUAAUAGAAAGGAAGAUGAAGUAGAUGCCACCUCAAUGCGUGGUCCAGCCCAACGACGUCUUGAACGACUAUUCACGGCUCAACAAGAUCAACAGAACCCGAAUUCUGAUGGGAACCGUCGGAAAUCCAAUUCCAGGCCAUGGGAUCAACCUUCAAAUUUGAGCGGUGGGGCCGCGUCAUCUGGCGACGUUGAGUUGAGAAGAUUCUAA